AUGCCCGGCGCUGAGGAGGAGUCAGCUGGGGCGGGCGGGCAGCCGUGGGCAGGCGGGUGGUGGUCACGGCGACCGCCACGCCAGGGCCGCACCUUGCACGCAGUGGACCGCCGAGCUGGUGGGCGAGAGGAGGCCUGGCUGGCUGGUCUGGAGGGACCUCUCUUGCAUGCGUCAGUGUUAGUGGUAGCGCGCCUCUUCUUCCGCUGGGAGGCGACGGCCCGUUGGGCUCUGUCGCCGCUCUGGCUGGCUGUGAUCCUUCCUAAGCGUAUUGCUAAGUGCCGCGAGCUAGCCUGGGCCGGCUCGGCGUGGCGUCUGCAGCUGUGUGCGUUCGAUGUUCGUGAUGCUUUCGCCCCAGUCGGCCGGCAACAGCCCUGCUGGCCCCUGCCUGGCCACCAGCCCGACUUCCGCGCCGUGACCAGCAGAGGGCGCUCGGACUCCACGCAGGGGCCUCUGUCCCGCCCGCCCGCGGCCCUUCCGGGAUGCUGGACCCCGGGGAAGCUCGUGCGGAGCGGAGGCUGCUCCCGACGCAGGGGGCCGCCUGACCCAGCGCGGCCGCUGCUCCGCUGCCCGGGGCAGUGGCCGGGGGAUGGGAGGCCGCCCGGGAGUGCUGGCGCCAAGUGGAGGGGCCCGCACCCUCGGGAGGCGUCCAUGGAAGGGGCAGCGGCUGCCCAACGCUGGAAGCGACGGGCGCUGACCCUCAGAAGGAUGCUGUUUUCUCAUACGGAGGCCAUGGAAUAG